CUACAAGCAUUGACGCUGUGUGUUUCUCUUAAUUUUUCGUAUUUUUUUUUGUUUGUUUUCAAGUGCAUGCACACUCGCCAUAAUGUUUCUAAUAAAAUCUCUCAUAUUAUUUAAUUUACUUCAUUGGCUGGCUUUGCUUAAUUGUCGCGCACAAGUAAGCUCAUCUGCGUCGGGCAUUGGUGAGACUAUUAAAAAGGAAUUCUUUGUCGAUCAGCGGAAGAUUACGGUUGAAGGCGUGCUUAAUGAGAGCUGGACCGGUGAGAAAUAUUUUGCAUUUCGUGGAAUACCCUACGUGAAGCCACCGAUUGGGCAGCUGCGGUUUAAGGAUCCCAAGCCACUAGAAGAAUUACCCUCAUUUAUCGAUGCACGCUACGAUGGACACGAUUGCCCUUCUAUCUACGCCACAAAUGCUUCAGAGGAUUGCCUCAUACUGAACAUUUUCACUCCAACUAUUAUUGGAACAGCCUCACUGCCUGUACUUGUCUUCAUUCAUCCAGGUGGGCUUUAUAUCGGAUCCUCACUAAGUUCCUUUAUCAGUCCCGUUUAUCUCCUAUCCAAGCCGAUGGUAGUUGUAACAUUCAAUUACCGUCUCGGCACACUUGGCUUUCUGCAACUCGGCACACGCGAAAUACCCGGCAAUGCUGGGUUCAAAGACCAAGUGCACGCACUUCGCUGGGUAGUCAAAUAUAUACAACUAUUCGGUGGCAACCCUAAAGAUAUCACACUCAUGGGUUAUAGUGCUGGUGCAUUGAGCGUAAGUCUACAUUUGGUAUCGCCUAUGUCACAGGGUCUCUUUCACAAAGCGAUCAUAAUGAGUGGCUCAGUGCCACCUCAGAAGUCAUUGCCGCAACGCGCACAAUUGGAGCUGAUGCGCAAACAGGCGCGUGUUUUAAAUUGUACGGAUGCAAUGAAUGAAACAGAGAUCUUGAAUUGCUUGCAGCGAUUUAACGGUUGUGAAAUUGCUUCAACGCUGCGUAGCAUCUUUGAAUUCGGCAAAGAUAAUCCAAUUUAUAUUUUUCUGCCGGUUAUCGAAAAUGACUUUGGUCAGGAACGUUUUCUUACUGAACCGCCUUUUGAGAGUUUGCAACGUGGCGAAUUUUCUAAGGUGCCUAUUUUGCUAGGCUUUACAAAUGGUGAAUUUUGUCAAUCGGCUGUGGAUAUUAUGAGAGAUGCGAGGUUAGAGCGACAGUUCUAUGAAGAGUUUGAAAAGUUGGCACCUGCUGUAUUUAUGUAUGCUGGUCAUAAGGGGAAUUUGAGUGAAAUUAGCGUGACAUUGAGGGAGCGUUACUUAAAGAACUUUACAGGCCUCGAUAACAACAACUUGGCGCGGUUGUGCGACUUUUUCUCGGAUGCAAUUAUUCGCUUCGGGGCGCAGCACCUGGCGGAGUUAGCGGCACCACAUACUAAAGUAUUUCCUUACAGCUUUGAGUUUAGAGGAGAGUUUACUAAUCUUAACUAUCCCAUAAAACCGGAUCGCGUUGAACACAUGGAUGACUUAAUGUAUUUAUUUGAAAUGAGCCCUAGCGCCCUCAAACAUUUCGAGAACAGUGCAGCUAUGAUCCGGCAGUAUACAAAAUUUGUAUUUGAUUUCAUGAAAAAGGGCUCCCUACUUUUUGGCCAACGCCCAACUUAUCCUACAGGAUAUACUAAAGUAUAUCGGACAUUAGAGUUCCAACCGGGCACUUUUUUCGCCAAGGACACUUAUGACAUGUGGAAGCAACUAUUUUUGUGAACUACUAUAUCCAAGAAUAAAUGGAAAG